AGGGAAAAGAAAAGAAAAGUUGUGGAAAAGAUGCAGAUGGAAAAGGUCCCAAAGAUGUGUCACAGAAUAAACCAUGCAUGCCUGCUGACGAGGUUGAGACUUUGUGGAAAAAUGACCCCACUGACCUGGUCGUAUCAAUUUUACGAGCUCCAGACAAAAAAUUGGAGUUUUUGUUGCGUCAAAGAGAAUUUCAGACACUGAGGCCUCAUGAGUGGAUAGCCGGUGAGGCUAUAGAGAGCUACUUCAGAACCAUCUUGAAUCAUGAGGACACUACUUGCAGGUUGUUCCAGCUCAGCCAUUACACAACAGGAGUGGUUUUAUAUGGCACAAGAGAACAAUGUGCCCGACAAAGCUUGAGAAAUGUCAACUUUGAGGCGUAUGAUGGAGUCAUCAGCUUUGUGAACGUUAAAAGUGUGCACUGGAGGUUUGUGUACAUACAUGCCCUGUCAAAAGAGAUUUUUGUGCUUGACCCUCAACGUGGCUGUGAUGAAAUGGAGGAGGCCAGACAGGCAGCACGCAAAUUUGGACAGUACUUCAAAAUGCGACACAAUCAGCAUGGAAGAGAGGACUGGGUGAACAUCCAGUGGAAACCUGCGACAAUUCAACACACAUUUCAAAGGGAUGGUGUGAGCUGUGGUGUCUUUGUGAUGCAGAUGGCCAAGAGUGUGGUUGAGGAAUUUCCAAGAAUCCCCCAAAUUGUGAAAAUCAAUCCCACAAAAAAACAGAUGUGUCAAUACAGGGGACAAAUGGCUCUGGAUAUUCUUAGAGGAUCAGUGUUGAGGGAUGAGUACUGUUCUGUGUGUGGACUUCGGGACCUUCCCCAAUCGAAAAAGACUUGUGUUUGGGUAAGAAGUAUUUGCCAGUAUUUCAAUAUUAUAAUAGUAAUUUUAAAUUAAGACAAUCACUACAAUAACUAACUGUAAUAUCAUAAAUAUAUAUAUAUAUAUUUUUAUUUUAGAUUCAGUGUGAAAGAUGCCAACGAUGGUU